GUCUUAGUAUAAUAGGCAAGAAAAAAUAGUAAAAUUGUUACAAAGAAAGAUUUAAUAAUAAAUGUCUAAUUGAAAUAAUUAAAUACAAAUAUAAAAAAAUAUUUAUUGUGCAUUUAUAUAAUAUUCCCUACUAAAAAUUUCCACGUGAGUACAAAAUAUAACAAAUUUUUUUUAAAGUUUCAGGCUUUUGGACAUUUUUUCUAAAAAGAAGCAUAAAAUAUUUUACAAAAAAAGUUAAACGCGCGCGUCAACACGUGAAUUGUUGCCGGUUAUCAUUAUAAUUGUAAAUGACAAAAGAACAACAAAUUUUUUAAUGUAUAAAAAAUGCAGUAUAUACUAAAGAUUAAUUGUGGGAACUUUAAUUAGUUCUUUUGCACAGACAGACAGUAUAAAUACGAUUAUUCUCACCUCUUUUUGCAAGAAGCUGUAUAAAAUAUACAGCUUUAACUUUAUUAAAAAUCGGAACUCUGCGCUAAGAAUUUGAAAUUGUAAUAUUGCACUGCUCUUCAUGCAGUUGUCGAAAGAUGUUCCUCGGGGGAAUCCAAUCCAUUAUUAGUAUUUAUCAUAUUCACCAAUAAGCAAUGGACGUUUUCUUACUAUUUUAUCUGAUCGUCCCAUGAGUAAUUGUGGAAUCGCACCUUUUCGCAAUUGUGGAUUUUCUUUUGCUUAGGGAAUUUUGGGAAAUCUGCCUACAAAUACAUUGGAUUCCGCACUCCAAGGUUAUGUGAGGAAGCAAGACAUUACAACUUAAAUUAUACCCCGGUGUCACUGAUUUUGAAAGUAAUUACGCUCCUGAUUUCGGCGGAGUAAUACUAGUUUAGGACCAUGGUAACCGGCGGGGAAAACGGAGGGGAGGAAUCCAGGCAGCAUGCUCGCAAGAAAAAUCCUUAUCGCUCUCUUUCGAUUCUACCGACUGAGGAAACAGCCGUCUCUGAAGGAAGUCUACAUCGUGUUAUUAGUUUUUCUUUUAUUCAAAAUUAUUAUAGUUUCUUUUUUUGUGUGAUCGACGAUAUUCAUCGCUCUUUCUCUUUUUGGAGGAUCUUCGCUGUAAGUGCGUAAUAUUCGAGUUACUGUCGACCAACCGAUCUCGUCAACAUGGCGACUAACGUUCUCGACGACCCCAAGGCCACUAUCGCCUACCUAGCUGAGAUGGCUCAGAAUUUGCUCCGGAAACUAAAGGAAAACGAAAAAUUAACUAGACAAUAUCCCAAGUUCCUGAGGGAAGCAGCCGACUGUAUCUCGGAAAUGGAGAAGGAGAACUCAAGCCUGCUCGUCAAAAUCAACGAAUUGGAAAGUCUCAUUGAGGAAUACCGCCAACCCCAAGACAUUGACGUCUCUUGGAGCCCCGAAGACGAGGAGAAAAAUAAAAUGCAACCUAGUUGGCGUUACAUUAAACCCUACCAACAAAUUUUAUCUAGAAUCACUAAACUCUAUCCUGGUCUCUACCACGCAAUAAAACGCAGCAUUCGCGAGGAGAAGAAACAUUUCUACAACACCCGCGUAGUCGUGUUAGAAAAUUGCCAAACAUCCAGCGAAUACAGAUUAACACCCGAUGGUGACCCGCUUCCCCUAACCAAAUGCACCUGCAAUCGAGUCCCCAUUGCCAUUGAAGAAACCUCUCUUGAUGAAUCGACCCAAGAGAAAUCUCAAAAUCAAGAUUUAACUCCGUCAAUUUCCCCAGAUCUGGCGAAAUCGACCGCCAACGCACCUACAAACUCUGAAGAUAUCUCCUUUAGUAUCAUCUCCGAUGAUUCAGACGAUGACGUAGUAAUUAUUGACUCUGAUGUCCUCCCCAACCGAUCUCGAGCCCCUUCUCUUUCGAACUCUUCUGUUCACAGUGACUUUACCGUCAUUCGUGAAGACCAACUUCAUGGAGAUUUACCCGAUAAUCUGGAGAGUAUGUCUGAACCUCACAGACCUUCAACUCCCAUAGACCAGAUUAUAGACUCCUUGAAGGAUGCCAUUACCACCAACGCCGAAGAAACUUUGAGCGAUCAUAACUCGGAACACAGUUCCACUCCUUCCUUCGAAAUCAUCAUAGACGACCCUUUUUCCACUCCAAUCUCGGAAGCCGCACCCGAAAAUACCUCCACUCUUCACAAAAUCACCGUGAACGACUCACUCUCUGACUCAACUUCGGAAGUUGUCCCCGAAACUGUUACCGCUCCUCUCGAAAUUAAUGUCGAUGAACCCUUUUCCGAUCCCUUCUCAGAAACGAACGACGACCCACUCGCAACCGGAAUUGACUCCGAAGACCCCCUGGCUUGCUUAGACGAUGAACAACGCCCAGAGAAUCCCUCUGAAUCCUCGGAAACUGACGAAUUCAUCGAAAUAGAAUUCGAUGAUUCCUCGAUCAGCGAAAACGAACCAAUUUCACCGGAUCCAGUCGAAAGUUCCCCUAAAAUAACAAAAGAUCCGAACACAUUUGACCUCAACAACAACGAGAACUCUUGUCUAAGAGACCACCUAAAACACUCACACCCUAUCUUACGCGAAAAUUUCGUCAAACCACUAAGAUCAAAAGGGGUUGAACCCCAAAACACGGCCCCAGAACCUCAAGCCUUACCAUCCACCUCUUCUGAAUCAGCCUCAGAGUUCCGACCACCAUCGCCUUUCCCGCUUCUUCCUCGAACAGAAGAACAGAACGUCGAGCCAAGAAAACCAAACCGAUAUUAACCGCACAAAGCUGCUCCCACCUGUCGUCCAGGUUAUCGCUAUUCUUCCGAACACUCCAACGUAGUAGUACCGCCGUCGCCCUUUCGUUUCCAACAAAACUACACAAUCCCUGGACAAACACUACCUUUACCUUCGCUACUCAAAAUCCCCAUUAAAAAACAAAGAAAUGUACCCCAAAAUACGGUAAAUUGGCUGCGUCGCACAGUCCGCCCCGGCUGUUGGCAUUGUGAUAGCCGAAACCACAAACACAAGGGUUGCCCCUAUCUCCGCGAUGAAAACAUAUUUUACUGUCGCCAAUGUGGUAACAAAAAACAAAAAUUUACUAGAUGCAAGGGCUGCGCCAUGAGACAGUAAAUAAAAUUAGAAAAUCAGCGCAUUAUUGUAUUACAGUAAUCAGUAUUAUAAUUACCAGUAUUACAUGCCUAACAAAUAUUAUAAAUUAUAAUUAUAAUAAAUAAAUUUAUAUUAUAAUUUUCAUAAGCAA